UAAUAAUAAUUUUUUAACAAUUAAAAUGGAGCAAUUCUGGUUCUAAGACACAGAUCUGAUGCAGUAAAUAAGUCACCAGCUGCUCAGACACAUUCAGUCAGUCAGUGAGUGGUUAAGUCCGACUGAUCAUUUACACACAGUACAGUUUGAUUUGUGUGUGCUCUUCUGUGUAACUGGUGUAGAUGUCACAAUAGAAAUCAUGUUGUCUGUUUUCUUUCUCAGCACCUGCUCUUGUUCUCUUAUCAUAAUACAUUUAGUCAGUAAACUCACAACUCAAAUAUUACUACAUUAUUUUUUUUUAAUUUAGAAUGAAGGCCAAAAAACUAAAAUAUGUUUAGUCAGAUUUAUUUGAUUCUGAGUCAAACAUGUUUCUGACUGACUGAUGGUUUUAUUCUGACUGUAUUAAUUGGUUAUUCAUACAGAUUCAUUCAAUCUCUCACUUCUUCAGGUGUGCACAUAUUCCAGGAAAUGUACGGCUGUGAGUUUGAUGAUCAGACUGGAGAAAAAAAUGGGUUCCUCCAGGAUGGCUAUGAUGGAGAGGAUUUUCUGUCUCUGGAUUUUAAGGAGAUGAGAUAUAUUUCUCCAGUGCAGCAAGGAAUCCUCACUGUACAGAAGUGGAACAAUGACAGAGGCUUGAUUGAGAAUGACAGAAAUUACUUCAGCACUGAGUGCAUCGAGUGGCUGAAGAAGUAUCUGCAGUAUGGAAAGAGCAGUCUGCAGAAAACAGUCUCUCCUCAGGUGUCUCUGCUGCAGAAGUCUUCCUCGUCUCCAGUCACGUGUCAUGCUACAGGUUUUUACCCCAGUGGAGUAACAAUCUCCUGGAUGAGAAAUGGACAAGAUCAUGAUGAGGAUGUGGAUCUCGGUGAACUUCUACCCAAUGAAGACGGGACCUUUCAGAAGACGAGCACCCUCAAUGUUAAACCUGAGGAGUGGAAGAAGAACAAGUUCAGCUGUGUGGUGGAGCACCAGGGUGAAACCAAGACAGCAAAUGAGAUCAUUACUAACCCAGGAGAGUCUGUUCCCAUCGGCAUCAUUGUUGGUGCUCUUGCUGCUGUUGUUCUGCUGGUUAUCAUUGGUGUCGCUGGAUAUAUGGUGUAUCAGAAGAAAAAAGGCUUCAAACCUGUCAGUGGCUCCGAUGAUGGCUCAAACAGCUCAGCUCAUACAGAUCCACAUAAUAAAAAUGUAAGCAUGUUAUUAUUAUUAGCAGUGUACCUGUCUCAGUCAUGUGAAAUUAAUCAAAUUAAAUUUUUUUUUUGGCAUUUUAGGAUACCAGACAUGUGGGAGAUAUUAUUAAACAAAAGAUCCUUGCGUUGUUAUCCUCCUGCCUUUCAAAACUGCAUAUAAACAAAGACAAAUACA